AUGGUAUUCCAAUGGUGUACCCAUGAGACGCUAACUGCACAUAUGAAGCCCAUUUCAAGCCUUUCAUUCUCUUAUAAUGACAAUUUUCUAGCUUCUUCUUCUGCUGAUUCUUCGAUCAAGAUUUGGCAAUUGGACACCACAAACAAGAAACUUGAGACUUCAUUAAAGACUUCGUUAUAUGGACAUGAAGCAGGUGUAUCAGGAGCUUGUUGGUCACCGGAUUCACGACAUUUGGCGUCAGCUUCGGAUGAUCGAACGGCACGGCUUUGGGAUGUUGAAACAGCCAAGACACUUGCCACCUUGGGUGCAACACAUAAAAGUCUCGAUGCUGCUCUUACUACUCCAUUAGCACUACUCAAAGGAUCUUCUGCUACGUUAGGACUGGAUGAGGAGGCAAUGCAUGCUUCUUUGAUCGCGUCGGACCCGCCUGUUGAAUCACAUACGGCUUUUGUGAGCUGUGUGGCUUUUAAUCCGCAGGGAUCCUUAGUCGCUACAGGCUCACACGACGAGAACGUGAGGCUGUGGGAUGUACGCAGUGCUAGAACCGUCGCAGUCAUUGGUGCACAUCAAGAACCAGUAGUGAGCGUGGAGUUCCACCCGACAGACGGUUCGCUCUUGGUCACCGCUGGAUAUGAUGGCCUUGUACGUGUAUGGGAUGUGGCUUCUCGUCAGUGUAUGCGCUCUAUCAUCACAGAGCCGGCAGCGCCUGUAGGAAGUGCAAGGUUUACACCUAAUGGACGAUACGUGCUGAGUUCGACGCUUGACAGUACUUUGCGUUUGUGGGACUACAUGCGUGACAUCUGUGUCCGCUCGUACAAAGGCCAUGUCAACAGUAAAUUCAGCAUGCAAUGCGCUUUCUUAGAGCAACAAUGGAACAAGCAGCCUGUCGUUGCCUGUGGGUCGGAAGAUAAUCGCAUCUUCAUGUGGGAUGUUGGAACGCAAGAAAUGUGCUCGGUCUUGACCGGGCAUGACCAUCCUGUGCUUGCGCUUGCGGCCCAUCCAACACGUGCACUGAUGGUAUCUGGGUCGAACCGGGACAUUAAGAUGUGGAUCCCAACCAAUGACGCAGAUGCCAAUAGCAACACUGAUGGUCAGAGUAACAUUUCCUGA